AUGGAGCAAGAGGCUGUUAGGAAGAUGAAGGAGGGUGACUUUGAGGGAGCUCGGAAAAUCAUUUUAGAUAUCGAGGACUGUAUUCGUGCCGAGCCAUCUCUAUAUAGUAGGAAGAGUCUACUGGAGAAAGUUGCAAGAUUAAAGGACAUCUAUAACGCCCAUGACGUUUUGGAGGCGCCUACCAUUCCAUUCAGAAACUACACCUCGUUCAAGAAACAAGAAAAUGGAUUAGAUGGAAUCAAAAGUAAGAGAUAUAUCAAGGAUGUUAAUGAUGGUGUGGUAUCCAUUGAGGAUUGUAUAGAAGUUGUUAUUGAAAAUUGCUGCAAUACGGUGUUUUCACAUUUUAGGUGUGACAAGUCUGUAGUCCUAAACAAUAUCAAAAACUGUAAGGUUUCUUGCAGUGGGCAUCAGAUCAGAGUAAAUGGAUGCCAAGAUGUUGAACUUGAGGUUCAUACAUCCACAGGAGUGUUCCUCCAAAAUUCGAAAGGGAUAGUAGUUAAGAAAUAUGGAGCCGAGAAGAACAAUAAGUUUGAGGAUGUGUAUGACUUUUCAAGCCCCUUUGAAAGCAGAAAUUAUACAAUCUUUUCAAACCAAGAGUGA